UUGCCCUCCCUGUCGUUAAGUGUCAGAGCACAAAAUACAUUCGGGUGAUUUACUCUUUGAAACUGGAUGAGCUACAGCCCAGUCGAAUAAGUUUUUCUUCGCAUUUUGGAAAUGGAGACAAUGAAAGUUUGAGGGUGUUUAUAGUCAGACGGUCAAACUUUUUCCAUGGUCCUGAUGCUGGCUCUGUCCAGGUGUCCGACAGCUUUGAGGUGGAGACUGUCCCCGCUCUGCUCUGCCCUCUCUCUGGGGAGCGCUACCAUGAGCAGCCAGCCCUCCACCACAGCCAGGCCACAGUUUCUAAGAACCCAGACUGCUCUGUUUCACCAAAGUAAAGCCAAAGCCAGUCCUGACCCAAACAAGCCGGCUUCAGUGUUGUCCUCCGUGUCCGGGCUGGAGGGUGAGCUGUUCGGGAUGGGGAUGUGGUCGUUGGGUCUGGGUGCUGUCGGAGCAGCGCUCGCAGGGAUCCUCCUUGCCAACACCGAUCUCUGUCUGCCAAAAGCUGCUCAGGCGUCGCUGGAACACCUUGAAGAGGCUGACCUGCGCUCCACUAUAGGUGAUGACAACGUCAUCAAAGCAAAGAGCCUGUGGGACAUGAACGGGGCUGUGGUCAUGGCCGUACGGCGACCUGGAUGAUUUUUGUGCAGAGAGGAGGCCUCUGAGCUGUCCUCUCUGAAGACCCAGCUGGAAGAGCUCGGGGUCCCUCUGGUUGCCGUGGUGAAGGAGAACGUCGGCACAGAGAUCCAGGACUUCAGACCGCACUUCGCUGGGGACAUCUACAUAGAUGAAAAGAAACACUUCUACGGCCCGCUGCAGAGGAAGAUGGGGGGUCUGGGGUUCAUUCGUCUCGGGGUGUGGCAGAACUUCAUGCGGGCCUGGAGGUCCGGUUACCAGGGCAACAUGAACGGCGAGGGCUUCAUCUUGGGGGGAGUGUUUGUCAUCGGAGCAGGAGACCAGGGGAUUCUACUGGAACACCGCGAGAAGGAGUUUGGCAAUAAAGUGGAGAUUGCAGAUGUUUUGGAGGCUGUUAAGAAAAUUGUGCCAGUGAAAUAAGUAUUUCUUUUUCCUAAAACAAAUGGCAUUAGACAAAGGUACACUGUAUUUAGAUCAAAACAUAUCUGCAUGUUUAACUUGACACGCUGAGAUGCACUUAAAGUCCGUCCAUCACUGAAAUAUUUAUAUUACAAUGACAUUUAAGUCUGUUUGCGUUGUCUAACAUCACAAUAUACCUCUGUCUUUUGCACAAUAAUUUAUUGUUGGUUACGAAAGUAGAGCCGUGAAAUGCGGCAUAGAGCCAAGAUUUUUGCAGGAUUUGUCACCGAUUUUACCUCUGAAGACACCUAGCAGCUAGAGUUUUUGAGACGGGUAUUAAAAUCAGGUAGUAAGGGACUUAUCGGCCAUUAAAUUUGAGGCCAUUUGAAAUCUGCCUUUUUGGUGAACCACAUACAGUAAAUCAAUGUAAAGGCUGGAUUACCAUUUGAUCAAUUAUUCUAUUAGCUGUCAGUUAGUGGUACAUUUCGCAUAACGUUCCUAUGUGUUCUCUUCGUUUGCUUCUCCUGGUCAGGCACCAUAACGGGCCUCCAACAUGGCGGGCGAGUGUGUGUGUGGUCUGUGUGUGUGAUAAUGACAACUUGAAUCCAAACUCAACAUUGAGAGGAUCAGGUUUGAUGCUCAAACACAUACAGGUUCAGCAUCACCGUCGCCAUGUUGAGGAGCGUUUGUGCUGCCUUUGAAGCAUGUUUGUGUUUGUGUGUGAGAGAGACUGUGUGUACCUGUACAUGUGAAUGAUAGUUUCAGAAAAUAGAAGUAAUGAAUAAAGAAGACCUCAUCACCAUA